AUGGACGUCCAAGACCGCACGAGCACCGCCCGCGACUCUGCCCUCGCUGACAUGAGCGGCCCCGGCCAAGUCAACCCGAACGGCCCAGGCCGGAACGCCGCAGCCGACGCCCUCGACCGGCCAGGCGUGCCAGAUGGUCUCUUCCGCAUUCUGCUCGUCGUGGCCGGGGCUGCCGCCGGCAACUCCAUCCUGGAGCUCAUCGCGGCUCUGUCCAAAGACCCGACAAUGGACGUGCAGCUGGUAGCCAACCGGGAAGGGCUGAGGCAUGUCUCGCAAGCCGAUGUCGACGCACGACUUGCAGAGUGUCCUAGCAGCGGACCGAGAGGCGUCAAGCGGAUCAGGACCGACAAUGAUGAUGACUCUGAAGAGACCCCUCUUCCCUCCCGUCUCGUCCAAUGGGCCGACAUGCUCCUCCUUGCUCCGUGCUCUGCCUCUCUCCUGGCUUCCCUCUCGGUCGGAGCAUGCGACACCCUGCCCCUCCGCCUGCUCCGUUCUAUCGCGCCUAACAAGCCGGUUCUGAUCUAUCCAUCCAUGCCAGCCGACAUGUUCAGCAACGCUUGGACAAGGCGUCACCUCGAGGCAGCCAAGCAGGCAGGCUACGUCGUCGUCGGCCCGCAGUGCCGGGACGACAACCGUGGCCGCAUGACCGAUUGGCAAGACAUCGUCAUCAGCGUGCAGGAUAUGGCGACCUUCUUCAACAUGCGGCAGCAGCAGGCGCAUCUCGCCAAGCUGGCUGAGCAGGAGCAAGCCGAAUCCACAAUGGAGGGCACGGAGACAGGCAGCGGGCCGUCCUCAACACAGGCGACUCGCGAGUCGUCCCCUGGUGGCACAAGGAAGCGGAGCAGGGAAGGUCCCACCAUGCCGACCGUGUUCCAAACCUUUGCGCCGCUGUGGCACGAGUCUUCGCCGGAGCACCUUGACCGCGGCUUCGUGCCGGGGCAAAUGCACUGGCAGGGCUUGCCACCGAUUGCGACGGGUCGCACGACUGGGUUGGGAAGGUCCGAGAUCGACCUCACGAUGCCGAGCUGGGAGACGGCAAAGAGAGAUGCCGAGAAGGAGAGGCAGAGCGACGCCAGCACGCCGUCGCUGUACCCUAUCAUCCCCAUCAAGGACAAGUGGUGGGUGUGA